UGUGAUGUGAUGAAAUUCGACUUUUAUGGACCCGGUUCGGGUAAUGGAACGGCCGUAGCGAAUUUCUCAGUGGUUUGGUCAACCGAAGGCCAACACGGUGGUCAUUUGCUGGACAAUAGUGAGGGUAUUCGGGUGGUGAUUUAUAAAUGUGAGUUGUUGGCGUCCAGUUGUGGACUGUGCUUGGCGUUGAGCGAUAAGAAGUUCGACUGCGGUUGGUGUGCCUCGGAACGACAGUGUACAUCACAGGAAAGAUGCGUUACGGAUGUCUCAAAUGACUGGCUGAACAGGUCCGUUGAAUUGCUAUCGUCUUAUUGA